UCAAUCAACUCUGAAACGAAUUCCAGUUCCAAGUACAUUGGUGGACAUACGGAUGUGAUUGGCGGAUGUGUAACGACCCGUUCACUUGACCACUGGAAACGUCUCAAACUUCAGCAACUUACCACUGGAAGUGCCUUGUCGCCAUUUGAUGCUGCACUACUGGCCCGUGGACUGAAGACCUUGCCAUUGCGAGUUGAUAAGAUCUGCUCAAACGCUCAACGCAUAGCGCAAUUCCUCGACAAGCAUCCAAAGGUACUUCAUACUCAUUACCCUGGUUUACCCAGUCAUCCAAUGCAUGAGGCAGCCAAGAAGUAUAUGAAGAACUGGAGCGGCAUGAUUGCUUUUGACGUUGGCAGUGCAGCCGCCGCAAUUACAGUGGUCGAGUCAGUUCGACUAAUCAUCCAUGCAGUAUCGUUGGGUGGAACGGAAUCGCUCAUGGAGCACGCCCUAUCGAUGUCACACAGUAGCCAACUUCUUCGUGACGUCGCCGAACCAAUGGUCCCUCCGGGACUGUUGCGACUCAGUGUUGGAAUCGAGAACGCCGACGACCUCAUUGCCGACCUGGAAAGGGCUCUCAACCUCAUCUGA